GCAUUUGCAAGUAUUGCAUGAAUGCUGUGAGCAGUGAUUGAAGUGUUGUAUCGUUUGUAUGGUUUUGUAUGCAUUGAAGACUCACUCAACAAAUAUGGCGUCAAAUCAGUCACAUUCUGGUGAUGAGGAACAGUCUCUUCGCGAGUGCGAGGCUUAUGUCCAGAGACACAACAUCCAGCAGAUCCUCAAAGACUGUAUCGUCCAGCUAUGCGUCGGCAGACCUGAAAACCCCAUCACUUUUCUUAGGGAAUACUUCCAAGUGUUGGAAAAAGAAGAAGCAGUAAAAGCCAAACAAAAAGCUCCCAUUUCUCCGGACAACGAACGCGACGAUGACUUGUCUCCCGUUCCCAUCCCAUCCAACACUCAACGCAUCCGAAGGGGUGGUGUUUCUGCUGAAACUUACAAUGAAGACGAUGUGAAAAAUUACGUAAAAAAGGUUGUGCCUAAGGAUGACAAGGCUCGGGCAUCACUCGAGAAAGUUAUGUCCAAAAUAGUGUUAUUUAAGCAUUUGGAUGAUAACCAAAGAAGUGAUAUAUUCGAUGCAAUGUUCGCUGUGGUGCACAAUCCGGGCGAAGUGAUCAUCAAACAGGGCGAUGAGGGCGACAACUUCUAUGUGAUCGACGAGGGAGAGGUCGAAAUAUAUGUGAACAACGUUUGUGUGACAACCAUCGGCGAGGGCGGCAGCUUUGGUGAACUGGCGCUCAUAUACGGCACCCCUCGGGCCGCUACAGUCAAAGCCAGAAAUCACGUCAAAUUAUGGGCCAUCGAUAGAGACACGUAUCGAAGGAUUCUUAUGGGAAGUAUUAUUAGGAAAAGAAAACUAUACGAAGAAUUUUUAUCCAAAGUUUCAAUUCUCGAGAGUUUAGACAUAUACGAGAGAUUAACAGUAGCCGACGCGCUAACACCGGUCCAGUUCAACGACGGCGUCUUUGAUAGCGAUUCUGAUUUAACAUUGGAGUCCGGUUUGGAUGUGAGAACCGUUUCCUUUUGUCCACUCUUUGAUCGCAUGCCUGAAACACAUUGA